CUUCACGCUGCGACUGAACAGCUGAAACGCCGCUAUAUAGCACAGCUAGGGAGGGGUUUUUCGUUUUAGCAAUUGGACUUCAUACAAUUACCUACUGAAAUACAGCUGCUAGUAGCGACCACUAACACUACGAUGAAACCGCCGCAGACCGUUUAACAACUGUUUUCUGGUUGCCACUUUUCAUUCUACGUUAUUCGACUAUUCGGGCGGCUACUCCGCUUGCACGGGCGACUGUUUACCAGCUGCAACCCGCUGCUUCAGCAGCAGAUUGUCACCGCAGUGGCGCUUCUGCUCUAACGGCGUUAUCUCCUUCUCCUCCUCCUUCUUUUUCCUGCUGCGACUCCCACUCUUGCUUCUGCAGGCGGCGGUUUUUUAAGCGCUAAACUUGCGCCGGACAAAGUUGAGCGCAGUCAGUGCACAUCGCGCAGUAACAACGCCGCCAUCACCGCCGCCGUUGCAACAAUUAGUACAAUCCCGCAGCCUCAACAAAUAAACCGAUCAACAAAACGUGCGGAUCAGUCGCCUGAAGUGUCUACUCGUUGCCCCGAUACCGCAAGACUGCAUCGCAGCAGCAACAGCAACAUCGAUUUGCUUGUUCUGUUGCUGUCGUCAAAAGUGGACUGGUUGAUGCAUGUCCGUGGUAUCAGUAGCGGGUGGUGCCGUCAUCCCUGUUACUACACUAAUUAUUGUUGUCGUUGAGGAUCCACUACAAUUACGCUGACGUCGACGGUCGUACUGGUGUGCUAUUGGAUAGAUGUACUUCGUUGCAUUGUGCAGUGCGCGGCCGUGUUCUAACAGUUGGUCCUGUGAUUCGCUUCUUUACUCAAAUGCUGCUCUGAAUAUCUGCCUCUGUGCCGCGACCAACAACGACGAUCCGCUCAGGCCCAAAUAGGCCCGCGGAUAAAUCUGGACACAACAAACAAAGACUGUCAACAAAGUUUCCAAUACAACAAUAACUAGGACAAUAACUAAGGUAUCUAUGAGCAAGAGGGCAGCAGGUCGAGGCUACGACGGCUAGAUCUUGUUGCAAAUGUUACUGGACAGAGUACCGAAUCUAGAAAUCGUUUUGUCGGUCGUCUUAUUCUACAGCGUCCUGUUAGCAUUUGUGUUAUGCGAGUGAAUUGAUGAAAUGGAGAAACAUCGCAAGGAGGUCCAAGCAGGCCCACUGCUUGCGUCUGUGAACCAUACCAGAAUAACGGCCCUCUCAAGACGGCGGCCCGCGACUAACGGCGGUAACAGAAGUGCCCGCAAGGGAAACGUUGUAGAGUGUAACGAAGAUCGAAACGUUUUGUGUCGUGCCGGUAUUUACAAACAUGAUCAGUACCAGAGCAAACACAAUGGUAAUUAAUCAUGCCGCUGACGAAAGAACAAAAACAGCGGAAUAAGCACCAUUUUGCUCCACUAGAUUUAACGAAAGUCUUCAAUUUUCAGUUCACCUAUCUGCUUCUAUGAAAGCCUUCUUCUUUACCAUGGCAUAUAACCUUUGCGAAGCAAGGGCUUAUCACACGUUAAUAGUUUGUUCAGAUGGCUCGGUGAUAACGCAUAGUUAUGUGUACUUGUAGUGAAUAUCUGGUUUGUGAUUUAAACAUGACCAUCGAAAUAUACAAUCCAGUAAGGCGCGGCCAAACGCCUUGAUGAUAUCUAAGUUGAGUGUCAACUGAGUCGCGUGUGCAACGUGUGUAGAUUCAGAGAGGUAUCCGAAUCAACUAAUUUGGCAAAGGAAAAUGCGGCCGGAAAAAAUACAGUACAGAGAACUCUCGUAUUAAUCUUGUGCGUCACGAACAGCUGUGAAAGAGUUACGAAGAUCACACUGUCCUGCCAGCCUGAAGGAUCGAGGCCCAACAUUGGUCCGGCAGACCUUUAAAUGAAUCGAUUAUGUUUAGCCUAGCCGUCGUCGUCGUCGUCAUCGUCGUCGUCGUCGUCGUCGUCGUCGUCGUCGUCGUCGUCGUCGUCGCCGUCGCCGCCGCCGCCGCCGCCGCCGCCGCCGCCGCAAAUUCAUCUACCGACAAAGUUUUGACGAGUAACAUAGUUCAAGGUCAAAGAGAGAGUCCUAAAAGUCCAGCGUUGUGAAAAAGAAUACAAAGUUAGGCGUGUCCUUUAUGGUAGAUACGCAUCCGUUCAUUUUUACGAGUGCCGUAUGUGCGUAGUGAUUAAGAAAUCUAUCUAGCGAGCUAUGAUGAAGGUGUAGUUUGUCGUGAGUAUUUCUACUGCCUUUUUGGGCUCACCAAGCGUGAGGCACAUAAAGAAGCGUCCACCCUCUUCGGUUUUUUGUCGUUUGUCCAAAUCUUACGAUGUCAGUGCUCGGUGUCGCAGAAAGUUAGGCUAAAACAGGUUUCUGCUUAUCUCUUUACGAAUUGUUCGCAUGUAACGCAGCUACGACAAUAUGGUCGAAGUCUGAUGAAUUUUAGUUAGACGACCUCUAUUUGUGCUCCACCAUUUGAGAUUACUCAGAAUUGUCGGUGCUCCGAAAUUUCAAAAAAAAAAAGAGAAAAAGUGUCAGAAGGAGUCUAUGCUUACAGAUCAGUGGGAAACAGCAGCAGCAGCAGCAGCAGCAACGGCGCGAGUACUUUGCACGCUGCUGAAGUGCGCAAAGACGUUGUGUAGCUCGUCUCGUAGACAGAAGCAGCCGCUUGUCGUAUCUCGUUAUCAUAACGACAAACUCCCAUCUGGCAAAAUCUAGUGUAGAGUUGCCGGGAACUCCCCGUGGGAACGAUGUCAUAUUUGGACACGGCGACCGCUUGUCCACCGCAUUUUACCAACAGCGGCUACAGUAACACGGUCACGACUGGCACGACAACGCCCGAGGCAAAUUCAUUGCACAUUCGAGGCAGAGCGGCGUCGUGUUCAUCGUCACCCGCUGGCUCAACAGGAUCGCCUCCACCCCCUCCAACCUUAUCUCGGUGUGUUCCUGCGGAUUCCGGCGGUGAAGGUAGUACGACUAACCCUGCGAGUGGGGGGGCGUCUUCCAGCCCAUUGGGGUCUCCGUAUGAGGUGGCGCAUCUUCAUCAGGGGGGUAGUGGCAGUUUCAGUCCAGUUGCCGGCUCCCUUUAUCAUCCAACGCAUCGAUCGGCAGUUACCGCCGCGUCCGCUAUGAACGGUCUUUAUGGGGGAGGCAGUUGUGGCGGCGGGGGAUCCGACGGCAGUGGCUGCUAUCCCGAGGUGGUAAGGGGUGUGUCCAUGCCUACUGCUGGGGCAGCAAUGCCUCCCGGAAUGGGGGCUGCAGCAGCUGCGGCCGCAGGCUUAUACAGUGGCUGUCCGCCUGGCGUCGGCAUGGGAGCGUGGACGAACCCCGCGGGUUGUGGGGGAGUGAUACCGCCUGCAACAGCCGGACCACAUCCACAUCCCUGUUCACAUCACCCAUAUGAUCAUUCGGCAGUAAGUAGUCUGGCCGCAGCGUAUGCAACGACACCGUACGGAACAGCGGCGGACAGGUAUUCGUCGACAAUGGAUGCGGCCGCUCGUCGGAAGAAUGCCACACGGGAGACGACAAAUACGUUGAAAGCGUGGCUUUACGAACAUCGAAAAAACCCCUACCCCACUAAGGGCGAGAAGAUCAUGCUUGCCAUCAUAACUAAGAUGACCCUCACGCAGGUAUCGACGUGGUUUGCCAAUGCGCGACGUCGGCUCAAGAAGGAAAAUAAGAUGACAUGGGAGCCGCGCAAUAGGCCGUCCGAAAACGGCGAGGACGAUGAUAAAACGCGGACGAAUGAGGCCGAUGAUGAUGAUAACGACGACGAUGGUUUGACAGGACCUGACGGGAACAGCAGCAGCAGCGGCGGCGGCUGCGGAGGCGUCGGCGUCCGCGGGCCCGACGCCAGAGACCGCGAUUUGAUGAUAGCGGAAACUGGCGGCGGCCUGACCGGGGGAAAUAGAGCUCUACGAAGAGUCUCUGCUGCUGUAACAAUGGGCUCGGGAGCGGAUCCGUCCCCGACAGGAGUGCCAGGAUCUGGGGGUGUCGCUUCGUCCGACGAUAAGUCGCAGCAAAUUAAACAGCAUCCGCAUCAUCAUAGCCAGCACACGAAUAGCAGCAGCAGUAGCAGUAGCAGUAACAGCGUACUUAGUCAUAUUAAUCAUCACAGUAACAAUACGUCGACGGGAACAAAUCAUCGUCUAAUUCCCCAUCAAUUACAUCCGCACGAUCCUUUGCGUUCGGGUUACCAUCCAGCGUCAACCGAUCCCGGAUCCAGGUUCAUGCCGCCAGGCUCACUGCUUAGCGGAACGUCUGAUUCAAUCGGCAAGUACCAUUUAACCAGCGGCGGAAAGUACGCUGGAUGCAUAGACACAAAAGUGACUCCGCUUACGCAUGGCUCCGAUGGUGGGAGUUUAAGUGAAGGCCCGUUUGGUUCUGUGCCGUCGGGAAGCUCGGUCGCUCAUCUAGGUGGAGGUUUCAGUAGCAAUCCGGCUUUGACGCAGACGAUGUCGAUGCUCGGCAGUUCAGCACAACCUCAGACCGAUCAUAUGAAUUUAUCAAAACCCAAAAUCUGGUCACUGGCUCACACUGCGGCACACCCGCACCCCGACCUAUUAGAUUAUGCCGCCAGAUACUACGGUACCGAUAGCGGUUAUUUCGGUGGACCGGCAGAAGCCUUUAUGUCACCUGCAGCAAAAUAUCACGGGGGUGUCACAGAAGCACCUCAAAGAUAUCACAGUCCGUCGCAACAUGGUCAAUGGUCUCCAGUAGGAAGCAGUCAGGCGCUUAAUCUAGCUGCGAUGGAAGAUCGGAAGAGCCCCUACACAACUGAUCAGCAGUCUUACAAUGUAACUCCAACGUCAGCAGUCACAACGGCCAGGACAUGAGCAAGCCACGUGGUGCGGAAAAAGAUCUAGCACGUUAGAUUGGACAUUAUUUGUACGUGAAUGUACAGUUUUAGACCUAUAUCAAGCCUUCAGAUUCGCCGACAUCUUGAAAAGUGCUGUUGUUCUAGAGCCCAACAAAAUAUUGCAAGAGUUAAAUUGCAAUAACAUUGAACGCGCCUGAAUGAAGGACAACGAGAAAGAUGUUACGAUAUACACUGAGAAAACAUUGAGUGCUAAGUAAUGUUAGAAAUUGUUCGGUCAGGCGCAUGACCCGUGUCUGGCAAUAUGGCAGCUAUGGUCUGGUCCGACCUCGCUCGAUAACCAUUAGCGAAGAAAAGUCGGUUCUAAGGUGGCUGGACUUCUUCUCGACUGCUCGGAGUAGCAACGACGAAUCCGUACUUCGCAUUGCUCCCAUAUCGAAAAUGUCCGAAGUAAUAGUACGUAGUUUGAGUCAGGGGUUUUAAAAUUUCGCGCACUCUAUUAAGUCACCUCUAGUAUUGCAUAUGCAUGAAAUCUUCUCUGACGCUUUAAUGUAUGCCAUUAUUAAAUCUAUGAACCCAUUACGCGUUUCCCAUGCCUUCUGUGCACGCUCCGGAACGGGUCUUGCGUUUGUUCGAGGCUCAGCCUUCACGAAUCUAUUUGGAUAUAAGUAUACUCUCUGUUUUUAAUCAUGCAUGUUGUGUAGCACAUGUACCUUACUGUUUGUAUACUAUUAAAUUCAUAUAUUAUAGAUAUCUAAAAGCUGCCCAUACGUUCGGUUGCUCGAAUGUCUUACGGAACGUUAUAGAACGUUAGUAACCUUGAAAAAUUACUUCUCAAAAAAAUGACACACGAACAGGUGCUUCCCAAGUAUUCGCAACCAUGGUUCGAUUACGAAUCUGUCUAUUAGUGUAUAGGGCAGACUCACCAACGUCAAGGGCUUCCUAUCGUUGAAACUCUUUGAUCUAACGAAAAACACGAGCAGGAUCAUUCAAACCGUAUCAGAGCAUUGACGAAAAAUGCCCGAAGUGAUAACGAGUUUCUCUCACCCAUUGGGAAAUUGCAUGACUACGCGCUAGUCGUACUAAUCGUUCGUUACGUGCAUUUUUUCUCUAAACCCUGAUGCUUUCCAUGCCGCAUUCUGACCCAUUACUUCUCAGUGAGACUAUUCCAAGAAUUGACGUGAUACCCUCUGAUGACUGGCGCGCCGCGCAACUGCUCCAAGGAACGUACCGCUAUUCCUCUAUUGUACGUGUAUACGUAAAGGAUUACUAUAUAAAUUGACGACGUAAUAAGUAGCUAAUGACAACAAUAGUUGUGCUAUAGAAUUCUGCGUAAAUCCAUUAAAGUACUCAAAAUACAUCGAUAAACUAUAAGGCAAACGUGAAAAGACAAGGGUACCGUGCGUUUUCUGUGCCGUAUGUGAUAAUCCGACGAUGAUCGAAAAAACGAUGCAACCUGUUUCGACCUCAACUAGUGAAGACCUAUUAUUACUCGUAUAUCCUAAAAUUAAUCAUGCGUCAAUCCUACAAUACUGGUGGUAAUGUUAGGCCUCGAUACGCGAAACGAACUAACAUAUAUUAUAUAUGAGCAUAAACAGGAAUGAAGCGAGCAUGUACAUAGCAAAUGAAAAAUGAAGCUCACCGAUUGAAUUCGUUUCCUAUAUGUAUUAUAGCUUAUAUAAUUAUCAUGGUUGUAAUUAUAAUGCGUGAUUAUAACAAGUAAUUGAUUAUUAUAUAUGGUGCCACGACAAAUGUAUAAUUAAAUCGUUCGGCGUCGAUUUGGUGCGUUAUACUUUUUGACGACACAUCAAACUUCAAUUUGAUGGUGUCAAAAAAAUGGUGUACCCGUAGCUCUAAGCAAUUGUAGAGAGUUUCAACUGAAAUAUUGAGAAAGGUUUUUAUGUUCAUUAACAAGUAAGAAAAGAAAAACCUUAAAUUAGAUAAGAUACCUACAUUUCGGACGGCAAAAUCGUCUCUAGUAAAAUCGAAUGGUAUUUUUGAACAUAGACCGUCAUUGAUAAACAAAAAAAAUUAAAGUUCCUGAUUCUGCUCAAAAAAUCUUCUCUUAAUGAUCUUUCAGUAAUGAAUAUAUGUAUACAUGUAUAACGAGUAUUGGAUUUCUAUGUACCACCGCUCUGUUCUAACAGUAAAAAAGAAGUAAAAACUUGAUAUAGUAAGCGUUUUUAAGCGAACAGUAGAAUUGGUGGGUAACCGCAUUGUAGAGUGGCAAAUAAGUGGUGGCAAUGGCGGGAAGUUUUGUCUGUUAGUUUAACAGAAAAUACGUUGCCUUUAUAAAUAUUCACGGGCUGAUUUUUUUUUUAUACUGAGGGACAUCGCCGCACCAGUUGCUAUGUUAGACGCUAUGGUUUUUGGUCGUUUUUCUGGCUGGAUAAUGGGACCAUUUUGUGCAAACGGAUAAUAACAUGGAGUUGUGGUAUUUUCAUGAUUUUUAUCACGCGCACAUCAUUUUAUAUUCUGCUGGGUACAUCGACGAAGUGGGAAACUCGUUUGCCUGAAGAUUGGUUCUUUAAAAAAUGCAAAAAAAAUUGGGGAAAAUUAGACCCUUAUCGGCGUUUUACAUACAGACAUAAACAUGGAUACCUUUAAAAAUUGGCUCAGAACAACGACAGAUAACUAUAUACAAUAUCACUUGAUUGGGGGUGUCGAACAUGAUGUUUUGAAGCGAAUGCGUAUAACAAUAGAACGGACCCACAAUUUUUUUUUUCGACCCAUUUAAUACCACUAGGAUAAAAGGAGAAAAACAUAAGAACGCAGCGACCUAUUAUUUGAUCGUCAUGCGCGCCGAUAGACAAAUAAUUAUGAGACACUAUAAUGGAAACAAAAAGGUACUAUAGGUUCAUGUGUACAAUAAAGUUUUGUUAUUAUAGAUUAUAGUAGCACAUUUUGGAAAUAAUAUUAGUAAUGAAAAGUUGGCAGAAAGGCAAGUGGCCUUUUCGACUGAACGUGUGAAUGUUUGUGUAAUUAAGUCCCAGUCGACAGUAGACAGUUAUACAUAAAUAAAGAUAAUAAUAUUAAUUAUAUAAUACAUACCAAUGAUCUAUACACGCUUUUGUGAAGUUCGCUAAAGCGAAAUAAUUAUAUAUAAGCAUAUAGCAGAUAUUAAAGAGCGAGAACUAUCAUACGAUCGCGUUCGAACCAAUCUAAGCAUAAAAAAAA